AUGUCACAAGAACUAAAGAGUAUCAUACAGUCAUUCAAAUAUGACAAAGAUCCAGAUGUCAAGGUCAAGCUGAAGGAUGCCAGAGUUCGCAAGAACUCGCCAACAGGAAGGAAGCUUAAUUCCAGAAAGAUGACAAAAUCGGUAGUAACUGAUACGACCAAGUUACCUGACUUGGGUCCAUCGUUGAGUUCCAACUUAACAGUGUUGUUCGUGGGGUUCAACCCGGGAGUCCAAUCAUCAAUUCAGCAGCAUCAUUAUGCCCACCAUUCGAAUUUAUUUUGGAAAUUGUUUAACCAAUCAAGGAUAUUGGAGAGGAUGGUGGCAAAGGGAAGGAUAACCAAUGUUGGAUUGCAAAAUGAUCGUGUUUUAAACAACUUUCUCAAAAAUGGAUGCUCAGCCAAAGAUGAUUUUGAUUUGGUAACUUAUGGAAUUGGCUUCACAGAUUUAGCAUUGCGAUGCACGGCAACAGCAGCAGAAUUGACAAAUGAUGAGAAAUUGGAUAAUAUACCACGUCUUUUACAAGAGAUUGAGUUCAGUAAUGCCAAAAAUGUUGUGUUUAUUGGCAAAGGUAUAUGGGAAAUGGUUGUGAAGUACUUCUCAUUGAGAUUGGGAAUAAAAGUUAAACUAGAUAAGGUCAAUUUUCGAUGGGGAAAGAUUGAAGUUGGAAUUGACGAACGAUACAAUGGAAUUAUAGAUCAAAUAAGCUCACAGAUACCUCGGGAAACAGCAAUUCACGUGUUUCCAAGUACCUCUGGACUAGUUGCAAGUAUGUCUUUUCAAGAAAAAUUGCAACUUUGGCAAAACUUAAGCGAUAGCAUUUGA